CCAGCUUGACAUCACUCGAUGUCAGAAAAUUAAACCGGCUCGCGUUAGAAAAUUAAUAUCGACAAAAAAUGAAGUUCACGCUGAUCGUACUCCUAGCCCUCGGCGCUUUUGCCAGCGGCGACGACAGUGACAACACAAUGGAAACGGCCAUCAACUUCAUCAAGGACUGCAGAGGAGACUACAUUCUUUGUGUUAAGGAGAAGUUGUUGAAGAUCGUGGAAAAUUUAAGAACAGCUAGGAGCAUUGCAAUUGCUGAAGGUGUUGUUCUAAAAGGCGAGCCGGAUGUCAGAACUGGAAAGAAGUUGGAUACUCUUCCUGUCGACCCAACAGCCAGAGAUGCUGAAGUUAAUUACAGAUUAAUGGAUGGAGUUGUCAGUCUAUUUGAAACUCAUGCUCUUGAGGUUAAAAUGAACCAAGCUGAUAAGGAAGAGAUGCAACGUUCUUUAGAUGAAGGGCGUGGUAAGAAAAAAGGUGGAAGCGGUAUUGGAGGAAUAAUUGGACUGCUCGGAGCCAAGGUCCUUCUCGGGAAACUGUUCAUCGUCAAGCUCAUCGCCCUCAAGGCAUUAGCAACAGCCAAGAUCGCUUUAGUUCUCGCAGUCGUUCUAUUCGUUGCCUGGUGCUUGAAACAGGAUCACACCAAAACUACAUACGAAGUGGUGCCCCACCCUCACCACCACGAAACUCACCACCCAGUUCAUGUAGAACAUGUUUCCCAUGAUAUCGGCCACGGUCACGGCUAUUCAGGUUACGGAUCCGGUUCCGACUGGAACAAGAACAUUGACGAUGCCCAAAACUUGGCCUACAGCGCUUACUCACCUCAUAAAUAAUUUAGACAUAAAUAGUUGGUUUCAUAUACCAACAUUAUAAGCAUUGUACAAAGACUUAUAUAUUAUUUAUUUAUUUAACUUAUUGUUAUUAACUUAUU